GAGGGGUGGGCAAAGGUGGCGAAAGAGGAGAGGAGCCCGGAUCCUUGCAGGGUGGGCAGCAACAGUCCAUGCACGGCGCUGGCCACUGCAAGUGGUUCAAUGUGCGGAUGGGCUUCGGGUUUAUAUCCAUGACUAGUCGUGGGGGAACUCCCGUAGAUCCUGCUAUGGAUGUAUUUGUUCACCAAGUAAGUUAAGUUGAACCAUCUAUGGAUACAAAUAAUCAGCCAAUAGAUAGUCAAGCUGAAACCUCAUGUCUACACGAGCUGGAUACAAAUUGUCCCACUCCUAUACAGGGUGACCACACAGUGCAGGCUAUUGGAUAGUUUGUAUCUCUAUCACAUGUCUCUGAGACACAUGCACAUUGUUGAGGGGCAGUGGUAACAUUGUAACACCUAAGUUGUAGCAUCAGGAGUAUCAUAGAUUCUGAGUCCUCAUGAAUGAGCUGUCAUUUAGGAUGUCUGUAGGCCUACAGGAAAUAUUUAACAUUUGGAAAAUUGUUAUAGUAAUAUAGGUUUUGCAUUGUAAAAAUGGUUGAUUGAUAGAUGUUAAUCGUCAUGUUUUAUAGACCCAGAAGACAGGAGGAAGGGCCUCUCUAUAAGAGGGGGUUUUCUGUAGCCAAAGAAAAGAUGGGUGGUGCAUGCAUGGUGGUGGUCAGGUUAACCAUGUGCUUAGAGGCCAACUUCACAACCAGGUUUUGGACAUUAUUUAACUCCUGUGUGGGCUUUAGACUGUGUAUGUUAUAGCACUGGCUUCCUUCACCAUCCUGUGCCAUUUUGCGAGAUUCUAUUGACACUUUACAGCCCAAUCAGAGCCAGAAUUCCAUCCAAUACACAAACAAAUUGCCACAUUUUAGGUGUGCUUGAUUUAGCUUGCCCAAUCCCCGUCCCGUGCAGAUCAGUUGGAUCUUGCAAUGCCAGGGUUGUGGGUUAGAUUCCCACGGGACCAGUACGAAAAUGUAUGCACUUACUACUGUAAGUUGCUCUGGAUAAGAGUGUCUGCUAAAUGACUAAAAUGUAAAUGUAGUAGGAUUUGCUUGGGCAGCAUAGGCUUGGGGAGUGGUGUGGUGGGGGACAUAGUGUAUGAUGCGAUGAGAGACUGGCUGGAGUGGAUCCUUGGUUAUGACCGCCCAUCAGUCCAUCUCAUCUCACUGUGUGUUUGGCAGGCUCCUCCUUCCUUCCAGGGCUAAUACCAGUCUUUGUUUCUUCCUCUUCCUGGUUGGUUUUUUUCCCUCAAAAUAAAAUAAAAAAUUGCUACCUACUUGUGUUCACAUGACUUCCUCCUUACAGUGAGUCAUCUGUUGAUAGAGGGACUGAAACUAGAGUAGACUGAUUUCUAUGGCCAGCUGAUGAAAUGCAUAUGACGACAGUGCAGCUAACUGCUAACCGACACUGUUGGAGCAAUACAGUUGCAGGAUGUUAUCUGUCUGUGUGCUUUUGACCACUGCUUCUGUUUGAUGUUGAAUCACUGUCUCCAUGGGCUUUCGAGACUCUGCAAUUACAAUUAAUUUUAACUGGGUACAUGAGACUGAUUUCUGGGAAUGUUUCACAAAUUUACGUGGAUUUAUAUACUGUAGGUUCCCUUGCAUAGCUUGAAUGUGACUAACAAAUGAGUAACAUGAUGCCUCUGUAGAGAGGACUGUGGAGAGACCACAUAUGGAUUUGUAGAAUGUCCUGAAGUACUGCUUCAAGUGGGGGAAUUGCUCUCUUUAAACUGGGAAUUUGUUGUAAUCUGUUGACGAUGAAACAUUUGAAGCUCAACAAAUGCCUGUGGUAUAUUCAGGAGUUAAACUAGCUGAGGCCUGACCCAGCCUGAACUCUAGGGUUUUGUCAUUUUUUCAACAUGUCUGUCCUCUCCAACCCUCUCAUUCAUAUCACGUUUCUCUCAAUCAAGCCGUCCAGUGGCAAAAGCUUCCUCCACUAUUGGAAGAGCUAGUAAAUAGACACUGUGCUGAAAAAAUUAAAUUAAAGUACUGUAUAUACCCCGCACCCCUUCCUCGUUCUCAUGUCCCUCCUUUCUCCUUGAUCUCUUUUUCUGUCUUUCCCUUCUCUUCUAUGCCCUUUUUAAUUCCCACAUUCUCCAGGCCGACUUACACCCUCCCCCAAUCGAAAACAAGCAAAAUGGCUGCUGUGCUGGGUUGGUCUGUGGUAGCCCAGAGUUUAGGUGGCUCCAGCAGGGCUAACAGAGAGCUGGGCUGAGGGCUGAGGGCUGAUGGCUCAGAUAUGUCAGGAGGAGGACAAGGUGUCUGGAGCAGAGAAUCCCAUUCCCUUUGGGAGCCUGAACCUAUAUGCUUUGACUUCUGUUGAAACUCAAAUCAGUGACUGCGAGUGACUAGUAGAAAUAUGGGCUAGAUGAGUUUUGUUGGCCUCUGUAAAGAUGAACUAGGGUUAAGUUUAGUUGCAUGUUGUUUCAUCAGGAUUCAUGAGUUAUACCGCAAUAAUUUAUGUUACUGUAAACAUAACUUUCACAGAAGUCAAAUAAUGUUUGUUUUAAUCAGUGGUAUCCCCUUUGUGUAUUAGAAAAAGUUAUUAUGUAUUGUGAACUGGGGAUAAAUUGGCUUAAUUAAUGCUGUUGUUGAGGUAACAGUAGCUGUAAAUGUAUGAAUUAAUUUUGUAAACAUUUAUUUUGGGCAAGAUCAAUGAAAAUGUAAUUAGAUGUAAAAUAGUAAAUAGUAAAAGUUGUUUUAAAAAAGUUGUUUAAGAAAAGGAAUAAAUCUCUAAUUGAGAGAUUAUUAGGAUAUUAUUUGAAUAUAUUCAAAACCUAAAUUAUCUGUGUAAUAGUAUUACCAUUAAUAUACUGUUUAUAUACUAUAUAUGCCUACUAUUUACAUUUUUAUAAUAAAAUAAUUGUGAAAUAGUAUUUGCUAUUUGGUAAUUGUGUUUUUCUUUGAUGGAUGACAUUUAUUUUUUUAAACUCAUGAACCUCAAACAAGCAAUGAUUAUUAUUUGACACAUGAAUAGAUCAUACAUACAAUUAUGUUUCUAACAAAUAAGGAAAGGGAACCAACUGUUUUAAAGUUUCACAAACAGUAAGAUAUGAUUUAGUUUUUUAUACAUAUUUUAUACCUGUAAAAAGUAUGAUUUUGUAUUUUAUAAUGGGAUAAGAGUGAUGAUAAUAGUAGGAAUUAUAAUAUAUUUGUUAUUGCAAGUUUAUAUUCAACAAAUGCAUUUUUUACACCAAAAUCCUUUGUUUCACUUGCCAUUAAAUAAUUGUAGAAACAUUUUGUGAUCUAUAUUAACUGAAUGCCUAAGAUUCCGAUGACUGAGUUCACAGAUCAUCAUGUAAGACUAAAACGGACCUUUUCUUACUGGUACUGACUUUGCUGAUAGCUGCUUUAUUGAGGAAAGUUCUACAUUUUACUCAUUUAACAGACGCUCUUAUCCAGAGCGACUUACAGUUAGUGAGUGCAUUCAUUUAAUUGUUUUCAUACUGGCCCCCCGUGGGAAUCGAACCCACAACCCUGGCGUUGCAAGCGCCAUGCUCUACCAACUGAGCUACACAGGGCUACAUUUUACUUACUACGAAUGUGAGAUGUGGUUUUCGUACCUAGCUACAUUAAGAUGAAUGCAUUAAGUGUAAGUUGCUCUGGAUAAGAGCGUCUGCUAAAAGACUAAAAUGUAAAUGUUACACCAACAUUUCCUCGUUUUCUACUUCUUAUUAACAAUAUCCUGCUCAAAGGACAGCUAUUCCCUGUCCUGUGGCUCUGUGGGUCUGUGUAAAGAUCUAAAAUUCCCUCAAAGAAGUGAAGAGAUUGUGGGUCUAUUCUGGAAAGUGUGGUGUUCUGCUGUAGUGUGCUAAAGUCAAUCUGAAUCCUUUGGUAUAGUAAGUGAACCAAUGUGCUCAGUCCACAGCGACAGACCCAGGGAAUGGCAGGGAGCAAGUGACUGUAGGGAUCAGCCAUUAGGACGGCUAUGUCAGUCUUUACCAUACAAGUAAUCUUCAAGCACAUAUUUGGAUACAUGGUAGCAAGUUAUCAAAUGUGAUGUAGAUGGAUGAAUAUGAGAUUGAUUGAGACCUAGAUGGAGAGGUGGGUUGAUUUAGUUUUGCUGCAUGUGACUAGACCAUGAGAUCCCUGUGUAACCUGUGUCCUCUUCUCCCUAUCCGGCCCCUGGCCUAUCCUCCUUCUCCUAUCCCAGAGCAAACUGCACAUGGAGGGCUUCCGCAGCCUGCGGGAGGGAGAGCCACUAGAGUUCACCUUCCAGAGGUCCCCCAGGGGCCUGGAGUCUGUACGGGUCACGGGCCCCGGGGGAGGCCCCUGCUCGGGCAGUGAGAGGAGGCAGAAACCCAAGCCCCCGGCCCCAACGCAGAAAUGGAAGCCAAAGGGAGACCGGUGAGUGUACCAUAGAAAUAGAAUUACUAGAACAGACUUUCCUUUCAAUUCAAUGUUCUGUUAUGGGUGAAAAUGGAGUGAUUAAGACCUGCUACAGCAGGGAAGGAAUUGAGACUGAGACUGGCAACAGAACAGAUAAUGAUGUUGAUGGGAAUGGGGUAGUACUGCAGUGAUCAUUAGUGGUGUAUUUGUGUGUGUGUGUGUGUGUCUGUGGGUUUGUGUGUGCAUACUUGCAUGUGUGUGUGCAUUGAUGUAAUCUAUUUAGCAGGAGCUGCAUGUUUGUAUUUACCUGUGUAUGAUUCAGAGGUUCUGUGUGGAUUAUACCUGCUGCAUUAUUUACACUAUGUAAUAGGUAAACAUUUGUAGGGGUUCUGUUGCAUGGUGUUCCUCUAGAGGUCAAAUGUACUGUAUGAUGAGUUUAGUAUUAGUAAUGAAUGUGAUUGUGCUGGACCUUUCCUGUGUGGGGCUGCAUUUCCACCCAAACUGUUAUUCUAUAGGGCUCCAGUUGCCAUGGUUUUACGGCAAUAUUGUAUGACGUCGGUCUAGUCAGUCUAAGUGCUACUAUUUCUGUGAUGGUUGGUUUUGAGGCUCUACUGCUGGCUGCUAUUUGCUUUGAAUACAGAUUUGUCCUUCACUCCACUGACAUGGAUUGGUGAUAGGAACAGCUGUUUUAACAGCUGUUUCCCAACCAGAUGCAAUGUUGUAAUGUAUAGCAAAUAUCACUUUAGACUGAAGAGGAAUUCUCAGAAACAGGCAUUCUAGUUUAUACAGGAUUGCUUUUUACUGAUCAUGUUAGGUGAUGUUAUAUUGCAUCAUGUUGUGUUAUGGUGGAUACUAAUUGUAUGUACUGAGUUAGGCCUAUGCUACAUCAAUUAUGAAAUUUAUAUAACAAUGUAUACUCGUAAUAAAGAGUAAACAACCUCUUUUUUGUGUAGACAUUUCAUCCUAAUUUCCCUCCCCAUUGUUAUAAUGUCAGAGGGAUCUUUCUUCAAAGGCAGGAAUAGAAAUAUGUUGAGGUCAGUGUGUGUUGACCUCUAACUCCUGACCUUUCUGGGUCAGUAAAAAAGCUGCUGGUUAGAUCCAAGUAGGCAGGUUAAACACAUUUAUAAACACUACAUUCCCUUUAGUAACAUCACCACCAUUUAUAUUUUUUAUUUAAUGGAUUGAUGUAUUACAGUGUUACACAGUUAAACUCUUGGCUCCCUGAUCUUAUAAACAUUGACAAUAUUUGAACAUUUUGGAAUGUACAAAUAAAUUGUGCCAACAUGUUUCUCUUCACUUGAGUUAUUGGUUGACUUGAAAGUCAAACCUCAGCUGAUUUGUUGUUCUGUGCAAGUAUUAGAAAUUAUGCAAACAUAAAAGUUGUGGGAACUAUGUAACCAUGUAUCUAAACAGUGCCUGCCUAUGUGAUUGCUAUGUUAUAAAAACAUAGAUUCUGCAACACUUGUGAAACCUUGACUACUAGCAUGGCAGUUUGUCUUGUGAAAACUGGUUAUUCGCUCUUACCAGCUAGAAUGGGAGUCUAUGUGGUGGGGGUUGGGGAGUGGAGGAGGGGGUAUUGGUAGGUAGCCUCCCAAGUAAGCGAACUAGCGUGGAUGAAACCUAAAUUCCAAUGCCCUUCCCCCUCUCCUUCCCUCCUCUCUCCUGUCCUCUCCCCCCUCGCAUGUUCUAAUUGAAGAUGCCACCGAGAGGGACCCCCUGCAAACCUCCAGCUCAGUCAUGCGAAACACUUUGUUUCCAUCUGAAAGAGUUAAAACUGCAAUAUGUAACUUUUUGGGUGACCGACCUGAAUAAUAAUAUGCCAUUUAGCAGACGCUUUUAUCCAAAGCGACUUACAGUCAUGUGUGCAUAAAUGUUUACGUAUGGGUGGUCCCGGGAAUCGAACCCACUACCCUGGCGUUACAAGCGCCAUGCUCAACCAAUUGAGCUACAGAGGACCACCUUAUACCUUAUAACAUCUGACUGCAAGUUAAUAAUGUCAUAAUGAUCCUAUCUAAUUAUGAUGUGAUAUCUAAUGAUCAGGUCUAUUGCUAAUGAAUUGGUAUGAUUUACUUUUAUAUUAACCAGUUAAUUGAAUAGCUUCCUUUUUGAGCCAGUAAAACAGACCAUGUGACAGGCCUUUGUUCCCUGUGUGGAGUCCUGCUUUGUUUUGCCCUGUCAUCAAUGUUUCGCAUUGUCAUUGUUUCCGCCCUUGAGCAGCUUCUUGGUUAUUUAUUGCAGGUCUUAGGCCUGAGUUGUUGACAUACUGCAUUUCUAUAGACAUUUGGCAGUAAGCUAUACAUAUCAGCACGUGGGCAACUUUGUUAUUAAAGCGCAUUUUAUCAGGGAAAAUAAUAAGCUAUUUAUCUAUUUGUUUGAUUUGUCUUCUCUUGAUGAGAACACAUAUGAGAAGUCUUGUAUUUGCAUUUGUCGCUUUAGCUGUUUUCUGUUAAAGGUUCAGUAUUGGUGUAUUUUAUGUGUAUUCUAUGGUGUAUUCUAUAGUGUAUUCUAUAGUGUAUAUUAUGUGUAUUCUAUGGUGUAUUCUAUAGUGUAUUUUAUGUGUAUUCUAUGGUGUAUUCUAUGUGAGAUGCUGCCAUCUAAAGGAUACAUUUGGACCAACAGAUUUUGGGAAAAUAUAAUUCAACCAAUCUAGUAAGCAUGUUAUAACUGGAUUUGUACCAUAAUGCAUUACAUUCUAGAGAAAAUGUAAUGAUAUCCCAUAUAAGUUCUAGGUAUUAUUAUUUUAUUUCAGAAUAAAUACACACUUUAAGCCCUGAAGUUGAAAGAAACUGCUUGUUUGUGAAUUGGAAUGUGACAAGAAUCUCCUCUCUCUGUGUCUCAGAUGCUAUAACUGUGGAGGACUAGACCACCAUGCCAAAGAGUGUGGCCUGCCGCCCCAGCCAAAGAAGUGCCACUACUGCCAAAGCGCGACGCACAUGGUGGCCCACUGUCCUCACCGCCCCCCCGGCCCCUUAUCUCCCGGCCGGGCCGCAGCCACUCAGGGAAGACACACUACUGUGGACCAGUAUCCCUCUACCUCCUCCACCACCUCCUACAACCCCAGUCCCAGGCAUGGAAACAGGCACUCCCAGCCCUCUCAGGACAAUUCCUCCCCCCUCAGCAAGUCCUCCAGCUCUCCGGAAGACCCGGCACAGAACCAGAGGAGUUCUGGAGGGCACCACAGGUGGAAACAAUCCUGAUCCAUCAUGGACGGAUGCCACCUCUUAGUAUUACCUCUGGUCCAAUAAAACCACCUUCCUUCAGUCUGAUCAGUCUCCUCCUCACGCAGACACAUCCUUAGCUACCUCCUGAGCAACCUCAAGCAGAUCCACAUUUCUAACCAAAUGGACAGUCAAGUAUCUAUUUGACUUCCCCAAUCCCUCCCCGACUCCCCGACUCUCCCUCUACCAAACUGUGUACAUUUUAGCUACCUCCUGGGCCAACGCAAUCCAUCUCCACAUAGAUAGACCUAUAAUCUUAGCUACCUCCUGGGCCAACUCAAUCCAUCUCCACAUAGAUAGAUCUAUAAUCUUAGCUACCUCCUGGGCCAACUCAAUCCAUCUCCCCUACCAAACUGUACCAUGAUAGCACCAUUGGAUCCAAGGGUAAAGCUUCAGCCUCAUCUACCUCAGACUGGUAGCACAAGGAUGGUCAGUCACUCUUGUGUUUCCAUCGCUGAGUCAGAUCAAAGUCAUGGACAUCCGCUCUAUUAUCUGUUGCAAUAAGAAGACAACUGGGAAUGGGACUGACACACAAACAACCAAAGCAAUCUUGUUCUUUCUUUUUUGAUCAUUUUCCUCAUCUGAACUUUAUUGUCCCAAAGCUCAGUCUACUCAAAUUCACCAUUCACCUGGAUUCACCAUUCACGUGAUCCAACGGGAAGUAUUUCUCAGAUCUUUCUCUAUUUUGGAGAACUACACAGGGCGAUUAUGAGCCUUUGUUUUCUCUGUGCAUUUUUCAUCGGUCGCCAAAGACACCCAAACAAACUUAUUAGGCUCGGUUUACCGGACACAGAUUAAGUCUAGUCUUAGACUAAAACGCCCUUUCAAUGGAGAAUCGUGAUAAGUCAUUGAACGUGCUUUUUAGUCCAGGACUAGACUAGAUCUGUGUCUGGGAAACUGUUUCUGACUAAACCAAUGCUAAUAUGAUAAUUUGUCUGUUCAAGGCAAUGAAGAAGUAGCAUAAAGUGCCUUCUCAUAUGGCCUCAUUCAUCCUCAUCAAUAAGAAUACUGAAUGUAAAUAUUAAGAUGUAUGUUGAAUGCAUUUAUAAGGAGACAUGGUUUAUGUUUCUUUUAACUUUACUCACACAAUAUCAAGACCAUACUCACUCUCCCACAGGGUACGGCUACACUGACUGACUGUUAAAAGGUAUCAUCGGAGCAGUCACUUCUUAAUGUGUGUUGACAAAUCAAACUCAAUCUAAUCAAAUGACCUUAGUAGGAAGUGUAAGAUGACAAAUAAUCAAUGAGGUGAAAUGUUUGCCUUCCACCCUUUGAUUACUGUGUGACUGAAGGGCAUAAUACUGCAUGAAACAAAGCACUGGGGCCUCCCAAGUGGCGCAGCGGUCUAACCAACGCUUUGAACAAACCGACUGUGUCAUUGCGUUUUGGUACACCAGAAGUACAUUCCUUUCCAAUGGAACGCUGUGUUUGCCUUGCAGCAUUGCGUUGCAGAGGCAGCUGCAGUGCGUUCUGUGUGGUGCAUACGUUGGAUUUAUCGAACAUAUGCGUCAAACUGUAUGCGUAAACGGGUUGACAGAAAUGGUAGCAGAAGGUGAAUGUUGAACUUUUGUUGCACACAUAUCUAGAUGAUGCUGCAUACUAUUUUGCGCAAUGACACAGUCGGUGUGUUCAAAGCGUAAGGCACUGCAUCGCAGGGUUCGAUUCCGGGCUGUAUCACAACCGGCCUAGGUCGGGAGAGGGCGGUGCACAACUGGUCCAGGUUAGGGGAGGGUUUGGCCGGGGGGGGCUUUACUUGGCUCAUCGCGCUGUAGUGAAUCCUUGUGGCGGGUCGGGCGCCUGCAGGCUGACCUCAGUCGUCAGUUCAGUGGUGUUUCCUCCGACACAUUGGUGUGGCUGGCUUCCGGGUUAAGAUGGCGGGUGUUAAGAAGCACGGUUUGGCGGGUCAUGUUUCGGAGGACGCAUGACUCGACCUUCGCCACCCGUUGGGGAGUUGCAGCGAUGAGACAAGAUCGAAAUUGGGGAGAAAAGGGGGGUAAAAAUACAAAAAAGAAACAAAGCACUGAUAUUUUGUAUAAUGCAGUUAUGAAUUGAACAUCAAGGCUCUACUAUGUUUACUGACAGUUAAUACGUGUUAUUAUCAUAGAUUGUAUAUAUAAUCAAACAUUAGCACAAACCAAACUAGAUUCCUGGAGGCCUCAAAUUUAAUAUUUUCUCUCAGGAGAUAGAAUGUUCUCAGGGAACUUACCAAAAAGUUUACCUUUCAUUUUGAGGGGAAUCAUCAUCAUAGAACUUAAUUUGUUUUUGUUUUAAGCAAACCAUGUGAUAUCGAGUUAGUGUUCAACUCUAUAGACUUAUGUACUGAUAUUAGUAACUACCUCUGAGUUCUAGGUAUACAUACUGUUAUUAUUUCCAUGUUACAUUGUAAAAGCACCUGGCCACACCUGUCUGAACCUGUGCAUUAUUGUAAGUUCAUACCACCAUCUAGUGGUCAGUUCGGGUAAUUUAUAUUCUGUUUACCUUAUGGUUUCUGUUUUGGUCUUAGCAUUCCUUGGUCACAUCACUUAGACAAAGGACAAUACUGUGAAGUAAUACCUCAAACAUUACAAUCCUACACACAGGCCUAUUACAUUGAGUGUACAAAACAUUAAGAACACCUUCCUAAUAUUGAGUUGCAAUAUGGUUUCUGUCAAAACUCAUCUCACAAACAAUUUAUGAUUUUGUCUUUUUUUGUUUACAUGAAAACUUAAACAUCUCAGUGAUGUGUGUGUUUUAUCCUCUCUGUUAUGUGCGGUCCUCCGAGAUUGAUGUAGCUACUGAUAUUGUUUUAACCUUGUAUGGAUCAUAUCAUCUAAUCGUGUGUAUUAAUGAUCAAUUCAUAACAGAUAAGCAACAGAGAAUCGCUAACUCAUGGUUAUGUAACAGGGUAGGGGUCCAUUCCAUUUCAAUUCAGUCAAUUCAGGUUGGAAACUAAAAUUCCAAUUCCAUUUUUCAUCAUUGUAAAGCAAUGAGGAAAAAUGGAAUUGAAUUUUCAGUUGACAUCCUGAAUUGACUGAAUGGAAAUGGAAUGGACCCCAACUAUUCUGCAACAUUUCUGUAAUAGUUGAGACAGCCCUGUGGAUUCAGACUGAACCAAAGCACUUAUUGUGGAGAUAUAUGCUCCAAAGACAACCCAGAAAGCACUGUUGAGUUGCCCACUAUUGUGAUGUGAGGGACUUUGUCACGUUUUUUGUAAAAAAAUAAAAGCUUGUGUAUGUAUGUAUUUUCAGUGCUGUGGUUGUAUUGUACAAUCAAGUGUUCCUCCAAAGCAGAAGAUUGUCUUAACGUCUCAAAAGAGCACUGAUAUCUGUUGUAUUGUUUUCCUGUUGGCCUGUCAUUCAUUCAUUGUAUUCAAAAAAAAAUGUUGUUACAUCAAUCAUGGUUUGUCUGAGAUAUUCAAAAGGUUUAUUUGACUGAAAUAAUAAAGCCUGUUGCUAACCUCUUCUUUUGGUCUGGUUGAUCUUUCAGACAUGUGAUGGUUUAAACCACGUGUCAAACUCAUUCCACGGAGGGACGAGUUUCUGUUUGGCUCCUCGUACUUGAUUGAUGAAUUAAGGUCACUAAUUAGUAAACAACUCCCCUCAUUUGGUUGUCUAGGUCUUAAUUGAAAGGAAAAACCAAAAACACGCAGACACUAGGCCCUCCAUGGAAUGAGUUUGAACAUUGACCUCGUUUAAACAGUGACAGUAGUUCAGACUGAGAAAAGAAACCGGUAGUACUCAUAAUAGCUCCUAGAUGGCGAUAGAGGACAAAAAGCAGAGCUUUCCAUCAAUUCUGCUGAUUUCUUUUUCAAGUGUUCCCUCUGAGUAAUUAAUAUAAGCUUACUAUCAUGGCAUAAAAAAAGUGAUACCAAGCUUGUGUACUUAUAGCCGUGAAAAAAACAGCACAACAGCCUCAAAUGGUUAGCAUUGACCAGGAGGUUUAACUUGUUAAAUUUCCACAUUCAUCAAAACAACAGUGCAGAAGCUCAAUGCAUAAAUAAGAGAAUUCAUCACACAAUAUGUCACACAAUGAGUAAAAGGUUUAAAAUAAACCUUCCUUAGAGUUUGUGCUUACACUAAAAUGUUUUGGUUGUGACACAUGGAAUACUUUUUGAACACACUGAGUAUAAGCGCUAAUGAAUGAACAUCAAAGGCAUUGUACAACAUCCAAUCAAACAGGAUUUAAAAAGUACAACAGUUACAAACUCACAAACACUACAAGACAAAGUGAGAUGCCAAAAUGUACAGUUCUGUUUUCCAGAUACAUUUAAAUACAGUGGGGAGAACAAGUAUUUGAUACACUGCCGAUUUUGCAGGUUUUCCUACUUACAAAGCAUGUAGAGGUCUCUCAUUUUUAUCAUAGGUACACUUCAACUGUGAGAGAUGGAAUCUAAAACAAAAAUCCAGAAAAUCACAUUGUAUGAUUUUUAAGUAAUACAUUUGCAUUUUAUUGCAUGACAUAAGUAUUUGAUCACCUACCAACCAGUAAGAAUUCCGGCUCUCACAGACCUGUUAGUUUUUCUUUAAGAAGCCCUCCUGUUCUCCACUCAUUACCUGUAUUAACUGCACCUGUUUGAACUCGUUACCUGUAUAAAAGACACCUGUCCACAAACUCAAUCAAACAGACUCCAACCUCUCCACAAUGGCCAAGACCAGAGAGCUGUGUAAGGACAUCAGGGAUAAAAUUGUAGACCUGCACAAGGCUGGGAUGGGCUACAGGACAAUAAGCAAGCAGCUUGGUGAGAAGUUCAAGAUGACGGUCAAUCACCCUCGGUCUGGGGCUCCAUGCAAGAUCUCACCUCGUGGGGCAUCAAUGAUCAUGAGGAAGGUGAUGGAUCAGCCCAGAACUACACGGCAGGACCUGGUCAAUGACCUGAAGAGAGCUGGGACCACAGUCUCAAAGAAAACCAUUAGUAACACACUACGCCGUCAUGGAUUAAAAUCCUGCAGCGCACGCAAGGUCCCCCUGCUCAAGCCAGCGCAUGUCCAGGCCCGUCUGAAGUUUGCCAAUGACCAUCUGGAUGAUCCAGAGGAGGAAUGGGAGAAGGUCAUGUGGUCUGAUGAGACAAAAAUAGAGCUUUUUGGUCUAAACUCCACUCGCCGUGUUUGGAGGAAGAAGAAGGAUGAGUACAACCCCAAGAACACCAUCCCAACCAUGAAGCGUGGAGGUGGAAACAUCAUUCUUUGGGGAUGCUUUUCUGCAAAGGGGACAGGACGAACUGCACCGUAUUGAGGGGAGGAUGGAUGGGGCCAUGUAUCGCGAGAUCUUGGCCAACAACCUCCUUCCCUCAGUAAGAGCAUUGAAGAUGGGUCGUGGCUGGGUCUUCUAGCAUGACAACGACCCGAAACACACAGCCAGGGCAACUAAGGAGUGGCUCCGUAAGAAGCAUCUCAAGGUCCUGGAGUGGCCUAGCCAGUCUCCAGACCUGAACCCAAUAGAAAAUCUUUGGAGGGAGCUGAAAGUCCGUAUUGCCCAGCGACAGCCCCGAAACCUGAAGGAUCUGGAGAAGGUCUGUAUGGAGGUGUGGGCCAAAAUCCCUGCUGCAGUGUGUGCAAACCUGGUCAAGACCUACAGGAAACGUAUGAUCUCUGUAAUUGCAAACAAAGGUUUCUGUACCAAAUAUUAAGUUCUGCUUUUCUGAUGUAUCAAAUACUUAUGUCAUGCAAUAAAAUGCAAAUUCAUUACUUACAAAUCAUACAAAGUGAUUUUCUGGAUUUUUGUUUUAGAUUCCGUCUCUCACAGUUAAAGUGUACCUAUGACAAAAAUUACAGACCUCUACAUGCUUUGUAAAUAGAAAAACCUGCAAAAUCGGCAGUGUAUCAAAUACUUGUUCUCCCCACUGUAGAUAUUUUGAUAAUGUAGAAGCCUUUUUCAAGCUAUUGUUUAAGUUAUUCUACUAUAACUAACCAGGUUCUGUAUCAGGUUACAGAUAGGUGGGUGGUCAGCACUGUUGUUGUAGGUUAAUGUCACAUCUCGUUACACCUCCUCUAUGGCUGUUGAGUGGGUGUGGCGUUUCUUAACAGGAGAGUCUGGCUCAGACUCUAUAAAGACGUCGUCUUCCAUCGUUUCUUCAAUGGGCUUCAUCAUUUUGGAUGUCUUGGAGGCAGGAGAUUUUUCUGGAAAGAAGGACACAUCAGUUAGCGUGGGAAUAGAGGUGUGUGUGUGUGUUUUCAAUGUAACUGUGUGUGUUUCCAAGGUAACCAUCUUCAUAUGGUCACAGACAAACACACUAUAAAGGUGACACAAACGAGGUUGUCAUAGGUCACAAAUUCCACAAGCCUUCAUUCUGACUCAUAUGGCAAUCCUUUAAAAACAAAACAGAAUCACAACCACACAUUUGACAGAAUACACACAUAGGCUCACACAUAGGCCCCUAAUUUCACAUACUGUAUGUUUGUGUUGGAGACAGAGGGAAGACAGUGUGAAGUUAAAUCAGCAUGGUAAGAAAAAAAAAAGCAUUCUGAAUACUUUUCCUGACAUAUCAGUCAACUUUGCAAUUCAACCCCUACAUUUGAUAUGGAAAUUGCAACAUGAUAAUGUAAAAGCUAUUGGGAUUAAAGAGUAUCUUGUACGUCUAAAUACAUGUUCCAAUAGGAGCUGUACAGCAGCACUACUACUAUAGGAUGGAUGAUAUGAAUGAAUGCUGUCUUACUCUUAAACAGUGAACUUUUAAGAUGUUAAAACAACAAACCAGGUUACCGGGGAUCACUCGUUUUAGAACAGGCAACAUAGUGCAGAGCUGUAGGGUUAAAUAUUGAGGGUUGGGUUUGGGGGAAUUAACUAGCCUGAGUCCCAGAUCUGUUUGAACUGUCCAGCACAAACAGAUCUUGGACUCAGGCAUUAGGAAGGUGAAUUUCAGGGUGGGAGGGGGAGAAAAGAGAUAGUCUUACACCCCCUUCAGGGCAAGGUGUGAUCUGAGAGAGUGGGUUGAUUCACAGCUAGAGGUGGAGGUGGAGGAGGAGGGGGGGACAGGAGAAACAAUGUUAAAGAACAACUCUAACUAGAACACAACCCCUAGAAAACAAUGUUGUCAGAUAGGAGCUAAACCCCUAAUAAACCAGGAUUUAGUGUCUGUUAACAUCACACACCAGAGAGGAUAUGAGGGGUAAAUGACGAAGAUGGACUCAACUGAAAAUACCCAGAAUGCCUCAUGAUUUCAGUAAAUUUAGUGACUGUAUAACAGCUACUGUUGACCUGGCAAAGAUCCAUUGUGGAUCGAAACUUUGUCACUAUUAAAAGGUAGCAUUAGGAGAAUGAUUGUGUCAGUCUUUUUCAGACUCAAUAGCUAAUCAGGUUGUUUAAACACUGACAGAUGGGCCAAUAGUAUCACAGCUUGAUGGGAGGUGGUGAGACUUACGAUGUGAGGAGCCACUGGAGCCUCCACGGUGGAUCUGGUUCAGGAUGUCGUCGGUGUCACUGGUGCUGCCCAUGCUGUUCCUCAUCUGCAUCAUAGAGAGCUGGGAGCAGAGGCUGGGC